GCUAGCUAGCUGAACAUCACAGUGUCUGCCCACUUCACCUCGGCCUCACCAUUUACCUCGCUCCUGUUUUCUGCGUGUAUCUUUUGUUCUUCGUCUGCCUUGGAUCUAUUGUUUUUGCCUGAACGAAACGUUGGGUCGCGUUUCAGCCUUCUUCACCCUUCUCCAUCAACAACAACUGACCGACCUCGAGGUGCAUCGCCACCACCUCAUUGAAUACCUACCUUACCUACCUUUGCUGCCGUACCUCCGACCCUUCCACAACCCACCACGUACACCUCGCCCUCUCCGCCUGACAUCAGUAUUGCCGUCACCCUCACGGCUGCCUUGGAUCUAUAAGAGCCACUCGUGCCUCAUUCCUUGCGUCUGGUUUAGCAGGAAUCCUCGACACUGGACUUUGCCCGACAAUGAACGCAUGCGCAUCGUAACCCUACCGAGAAAUACCCCCCAACGAUGGACUACUCACGGCUGAAAGCUGCUGCUAUGCAGGGCGGCGAAGAUGAAGAAGCCGUCACUGUCGAUACCCGUGCCUUGAUCGACAAGGUCCUUGCCAGAUACUCGGGUGAAUGGACAACACUGCGAGAGUUGAUUCAAAACGCCGCCGACGCCCAAGCAACGACCGUCAAGGUCAAGUGGGAGACGCUCCCUUCGACUUCAGUCGCGCUCCCCGCCACCACGAACCGCUCCGAACUCCUCAAGCAUGUCAUUGCAAACCACACACUCCGCCGCCUGGUCGUGGCGAACGAUGGCCAGCCUUUCACCAAGACGGAUUGGGGAAGAUUGAAGAGGAUUGCAGAGGGAAACCCUGAUGAGACAAAGAUUGGUGCGUUUGGUGUUGGGUUCUACAGUGUCUUCGCCGACUGCGAGGAGCCGUUCGUGAGCUCCGGCAACGAGGCUAUGGCGUUCUACUGGAAAGGGAACGCCCUAUUCACCAAAAAGUCCACCCUGCCUGCGGACCAGACCAGCUCCGAUACCACCUUUGUCCUCGACUACCGCAACUCCACUACGCCUCUACCGAACCUCCUGUCCGUUAGCCAGUUUCUCGCCACGAGCUUGACCUUUGUUGCUCUGCAGCAUGUCGAGUUUUGGAUAGACGAUUACAAGAUUCUGGAUCUUCACAAGAAGACGUCGCCCAGCCUCGAUGUGCCCAUUCCGAGAGACGUCGAAACACGGACGAGAGAGGGCCUGAUGAAGGUCAACUCUGUCGAGCGGACCAGCACGCAGAUCGACGCAGCCGUCAUGAUCGCCGCUGGCUGGAAGCCGAAAGCCACGACAACGUCCAAGUCCGACCAGUACGGUCUCGGGGCCGAAGUCCCAUCGUUACGGAGCUUCUUCUCGAGACUGACAUCCACCGCUUCACAAAUUACUGCCAAGAGAGAGGAAACAGCGGCUCAGGAAGAGAUCAGCGAGGAUGUCACCAAAAUCUCCACGUCGACAAUUUUCCUCCGUGUCACAACCGCCUGGGUCAAGACCAGCGUGUCGACAUCCUUCGCCACUGAGUUGGAGCGUGCAACCAAGAAACCACCACCAAAGACAACGAAGCUGGCCAUUCUCACAUCCUCUUACGACGAAACCAUGGCUUCGGAGAGCUCACGCUCCGACACCGUCUCCAAGUCUGUGGAUAUCUUCGCUUCAGUGCUGCCCAGCAAGAAGCCAGGAGGCCGCAUCUUCAUCGGGUUUCCCACGACUCAGACAACCGGUGCUGGUAUGCACAUCUCCGCGCAGUCCGUAAUCCCCACGGUCGAGCGUGAGGCGAUCGACCUCAAUGCACGAUGGGUCAGGACAUGGAAUGUCGAGAUGCUCCGAGCGGCUGGCAUCAUGACAAGACUUGCGUUCAUCAACGAGAUGGGGGACCUAGACUCCAAGAUUAGGAAGUUGGUUGGAGCCGGGACCAAGAUCCCGGCGGAGGACCUUGCCAAACUGUUGCCCGAAGCACUUCACAUUCUCAAGACGUUUUCUUUCACUGAUUCCACACCAAGCGGUCAGGUUUCCCAGAUCAUCGAGGAAGCGUUUUGGACGGCUUUCAAAAAGGCAUCCAUCGAGGUCUUUUCGUCCCGGGGUGUUCUGUCCAGCACUAAGGUGCGACUUGGGUCCGACGAGCUAAGCAAGUUUGUCGACACCAUUCCUGUCGUGCCUCGAGAGCUCAUGGAAAACUCUUUCGUGAGGAAACUGAUGGACUUUGGCCUCAUCAGCCCCAUCACUGUGGACGAUGUUCGGACAGAGCUGGAAACGAAGGCCAUGAACAAGGAGCAACUCAUCAACUUCAUCACUUGGGCUGGAAAGAAGGCCCUCAGCGGAGAGCUGGAUCCUCCCAGCAAAGCUCGCCUCCUCGAUGUCGCUGUCGCGACCGUCAGCGAGGAUGGUAGGGACCAAGGCGAUAUCAUUGCGCUCGGUUCCAUCACGAACUACCAAGCAGCCAACAAGAUUCCAGCGAAUCUGCCCAUCCCGCCGAGCACUAUCCCUAUGGCAUACACCAGCGGCUGUUCGGCCCUCGAGUUACAGGCUCUCGGCUGGGAGGCUCUUGAGAUCGUGCCUUGGCUGCGGUACUUGCUUGAGUUCGGUUCCAGCAGACCCGACGAACAGAACCUGAAAAAGUCUCCCAAGUUCGCAGUCCAGGUUCUGACGGUGCUGUCCAAGAAUUGGGACAACAUCAGCCAAAAUUCCAAGGGGACGGUUGUCACCCUUCUUCAGGCCCACACCGUCAUGCCGACAAAGACUGGUAUGAAGAAGCCGACCGACUCCUUCUUCCCCACGGUCAAGCUCUUCGACGACCUGCCCACUAUCCAGGGCUGCCAGGGCUUGAGGGACAAGUUUCUUUCAGCCAUCGGGGUGCGCAAGACCGUCGACCUUGACACCAUUUUCUCUCGGCUUCUGAGCCCUUCGGCCGAGGGCGGUGCCCAGAGAUGGAGCCACAUGGAGCUCAUCAAGUACCUUGCCUCUGUCAAGGACGACAUACCGGCUGCCGACAUGAAGAAGCUCAUGGAAACCCGUUUCUGUCCCGCGGAAGCCGGGCCAAAAGCCGCUGAGCCCACCAAAGGCACCACCGAGUUGUACAAGGUUUCGGAGUUGUUCGAGCCCCAGGACACACUGAGAGCUCUCAAGCUGCCUGUCUUGCAAUGGCCCGGGCCGCCUGGGAGUUACAGGCCAAACAGCCACGAGGGCCGUUUCCUGUCGACCUUGGGGUUGCGGCCAUACCCUUCCGUCACGGAGAUGGUCAACAUGAUGUCUUCCAAGGAUGCGGAACUGAGAGCAUCCGCAAUGGCCUACUUCAUCACAAACCAUCACCUCAAUGGCUACGGAGCAUUCAACCUCACCGAUAGUCGCAAGGCUUUCUUGCCUCUCCAAAACGACACCCGGCUGGUCAUGCCCUCAGCUUGUUUCACGAACGAACGUGCCGCCAUUCUGGGCUUCGAUAUCCUUAAGAGGGAUUUUCAUGUUCACGCUAACAAAUUUGGCGUGGCGAGAGACCCGCCCAUCGCUGAGUGUGUCUCCCGCUUGCUGGCCAAGCCGCCUCAGGAUCGACAGGCGGCGAUAACUCUCUUUGAGUACUUUGCCAUGCGCAUCGGUGAUCUCGGCGAAGGCAGCUUAUCCCAGCUGCGGGAUGCACCCAUCGUCCCCGUGACAAGAAAAUCUCCUGGUGGCAGCUCAACCAGCGAGAAGACUGGUUCCUACACCAUCCACAUCAGCCCCAGGCGGUCCUACUUGGGCACGUCUGCGACAUACGGCGACAUCUUCGACUUUGUCGACUUCGGGGCAAACGCCAAUACUUUCCUUUUCAAGUGCGGCGCCAAGAACGAGCCUACCAAAACGGAGAUCGCACACCUUGCUUGCAGCGAGCCUGCUCGCCUUCUCAACAUACUUCAGAGCCCGGAUAAGUACCUCGCUCUGCUGAAGUCAUUGGCUGAGAACAUGUCGACUCUGAAGCGAGACAAGGACUUGAUGAAGAAGAUGAAGUCAUCUCCUUUCCUGCUUGCCGCCAAGGAAAUUGCACCGCCGCCAUCCAAGGAUAAGCUUGUUGAUGUUGAUGACGACGAUGCGCCUAUUAAGCAGUACCAGCUUGCCGCGGCUAAUCGCAUUGUCAUUCUGGACGAUAUCAUCAGCUACCGCUUGUUCAAGGACUACUUGAUGACCGCGCCUGAAGAGGAAGUUCUCGAGGAAUUCUACCGCCAACUCGGCGCCUCGACACUGAGCUCGCUCGUGGGAGAAGAGGUGAGGAUUGGUCCCCACGUUAACAACCAGGACCGGGCAGCCGCACUGCGAAAGCACGUCCUUGAGCGCUCCAAGAUUUUCCUCCACGAGUACUCGAAGUACCGACGGGACUACAUCAAGCGCGAUUUCAAGUGGCUGGAGAAGAGCUUGCAAGUCGAGCUCGUUCGCUCCGUCGCACUCCGUCGCUCGCUCCAGGGUCAUGGGCACUCGCACACGGAGAAGAGAUCCGCCGCCAGCGCUCAGUCGGGGUCGAGCUGGAUCCUGUAUGUCGUAGCGGAAGGACAGCCUGAUAUGUACCAGGUCGGCCAGGCCAUCUGCCAGCUCCUCCUGUCGCGGCCGAACCAGCAGGCUUAUCUCUUUUUCGAGCCCUUCCUUACCCUCGACCUUUACGGCUUACGAGCCCGAGGUUAUAACGUCGACCGUAUUCUGCGAGCCAAGGCCGCCGAGGCGCGAUUUGCCGAGGAGGAGCGUCGGAAGGCGCUGGAAGCCGAGCAGAUGCGGAUUCAGGAGAAGCAGCAAGAAUGGGGCCAGCAAGCCAAGGCUGCCGAGGCCGCCCGGCAGUCGACCAGAACUCCCGAGCCCAUCAUGCCGGGUUCCUUCACAAACGACAGCCCGGAUGACUCGCACAAGCUGCCUCCUCCUCAGCAGUCAUGGAAGGGCAAGGGCCUUUUCUCAAAUCUCUCGCGCCGUUUUGGGCUCGACACCUCGGGGAACGACGAGGCGGAAGACCAGCUCCAGAAGUUCAUCGACAAGCCACCCCAGAGCCAGCCGCAAGGCGUUGGGAACCAAUCCGGCAGCAGUACGCAGAAGCCCAAGGACGAUGGCCGCGUGACGAACCCGGCGACCGUCGAACAAAACUUGCUGAACGCCAUUAACUCUACCAGGGCGCAUGACUCUGACAGCGUGUUCUCGCCACCGAGCGUGAACGAGGUCAAGGAACAGGCCACGUACUGUGACAGCACUCCAGCGCAGAAUAUUGUUUUCGCGGCUGAGGCGUCCAACGGAAUGAAGGUCUUCGUCUCCAGGACCUUGUCGAUGGAGCCGGACCUGUUCCUCUCGAUCUACCACGGUUCCAUCAAUGCCUUUGCCUCUCUGCUCACCGACGUUGCCAGCGUUUACUCGCUCUCUCCGCGGGUUCUUCACAUCUUCUACGACGAGUCUGGCUCCACAAUUGCAUUCAACAGCAGCGGCAGCAUCUUCUGCAAUCUGCGCUUCUUCCUGCAGUUGCAUACAAACAAGUCGAACGGAAAGCAGUCCGGCGAGGCAAAGGCCGAGGCGGGCGUGUGGUGGUGGGUUGUUCUAGCUCACGAGCUGGCGCACAAUCUGGUCCAGCCUCAUAAUUCAGACCAUAGCUACUAUACGGAAUCCUUCAUCCAGCAGUACUUCGCCAAGAUGGUUGUCAAGGCGACACAGUGGACUCAGCAGGCCGCUUCUGCUCCUCCCGCCGCCCUCCCGCCGCCACCCUCGCAGCCGCAGGCCCACACUCAUACCCAGGCGCAGCCGCCUCCGUCUUACCAAGAGAGCAAUAGACAGGCGCCGGGUAACCCGAGAUACACCUUGUUUGAUUAGAAUUCGUCUAGACGACGUAGGGCGCGGUCACCAGUCCAGCAUCGCCUUCAGCGUUGGGUUUUCAAGACAUAGACACAUGCCCCUUUUGCGUUCCUCGGCGUUGCACAUCUUGCGUAUUGUAGCAUUUGUUGGAGUUUGGUAGCACAGUGAGAAAUGAAUCUUGUAUCUGAUUAUGCGCGAGACGUCGUUCUAACACGUGCUCAUUGGCCGGUACAUAGGUGGUGUACCAGAUGGCUUCAUGUUUAUCACGCCCUUCUCCCCUCAUGACGUGGUGCUGCGCUUCUCAGUUCAGGGUGAUGGUCUCUUGUGCAUGCUAAUUCUGAAGUCCGCCUGCCAACGGGCCUUGCUUUCCAAGUUGUUCUGUCAUGUACGCCCAUCUUUUCC